AUGGCAGCAAAUUCUCAACAAUUUUCAAAUCGUGGAUCAGAACCACCUACUAAGGGAGUUAAUCAAGUUGACGAGAUUAUUGAAUUACGUCAACUAAUGAGGAAUAUGAUGGCAAUAAUGCAACAAAUUGCAGCAGUGGUUGUAAAACCAUCACGUCCAGCUUAUGAGAACGUAGAGCAUGUCAAUGCUAUAUUCUCAACUCAGUCGUAUGGUAUUUACUCCAACACUUACGAGCAAGUUGCAAGUACAAGUUCUGUUUACAACCAUCCGAGUGAGUUCCAACAACAAGUGCAACAACCGCAACAACCGCAACAAACCCAAAAUUCAGAAUUAUCAAAGAUGAUUACUUUGGUGGAGGCUCUAAUGUCCGUGGUACAACAAAAUCAACAACUAGCAAACUUAAAUCAGCUGAAAAUGGAUAAUGCAAUUAAGGAGUUGCAAUCACAAGGUGCGGUCAAGGACUUGCAAACACAAGUUGGUUCAAUGUCCGAGGAGAUUAAUCAGUUGCAUGCACAAAAUGGUGAGAAACUCCCUUCCCAACCUCUUAACCCAAUAGAGGGUACCAAUGCUAUUACGUUGAGAAGUGGUACACAACUUGUGCAACCUGAAAUUACUGAUUCGGGUAAAGAAGAAACCCCAAAGGAACAAGUUUUGGAGGAAAGGGAUGAUGAUUUCCCUCAAACUCCCGAGGUAACUAAAUCCAACUCUAAAUAUCUUGUUUCUACUUACGUUCCUCCUUUACCUUUUCCUGGCAGGUUCGCUAAAUCUAAUAGGAAGGUGGAACAAGAUAGGGAUAUUUGGGAUGUAUUUAAGAAGGUCCAAGUGAAUAUACCACUCAUUGAAGUAAUUAGGCAAUCUUCUCGCUAUGCAAAGUGUAUAAAGGAAUUGUUCACUAACAAACACAAGCUAACGGGUAAUGAGGUAAUGAGUGUGGGGGAGAAUGCUUCGGCGUAUCUUCGAAAGAAACUUCCACCUAAAUUGAAAGAUCCCGGUAGUUUCACUAUUCCAUGCACUAUUGGUAAAACGAGGUUUACAAAAGCUAUGUUAGAUUUAUGA